AUGGAAGACCAAAAACAAAUAGAGCGAUUUGUAUUAAUUCAUUUUUUGGGGCCAGUGCAGCCAAUUAGAGCAGAGCAAGUCCUUACUCUGGCCUUACCAGCUGCCUGUUGUUAAAGGUCCUAAGUGCAUACUUCCUGUCAACAAUGACGGGGUUACUGUCUGCUUGACUAUAAUCAAUGGAUAAUGCAAUAAGAAACUGAUUUACGUUUCCGCCCUGAGGCGGAAUGGGAUUGUAUGAUCUGCAGGGUGCUAUUACUAUUGAGGGAACAGAAUCCUUCAAGGAAUAGAACAGCUGGCGGCAAAGUUCAGUUUGGCAUAUCAGACAGGCAGUAGCCGGGUGGAGCACUGCUGUGUAAAGAGCAAAAAUGAAAACAGACUAGGUAAGCGUUGAUGUUAAAUAUAUGUCUGACGGGAGAAGCUGCUUUUGUGGGUGCAUCUUAGAACGUCUUCUAGUAGGUUGGAAGUUUCUGAGGAUUUCAAUUUUGAAAGAGACUUUGUCUGGCAUUGUUUGUGGUAAUAGAUCCAUUUCUGUGCCACACAGAUAAGACCACACACUCAUGAAAUGCAUCAGCUAAUCUGAACUUGACUACUAUAUGCACCUUGUGUACUCGGUCACUAUUAAAGAAUUCUAGUGAUUUUAUUAUGAAAAUGCUUUCAGAGGGACCCCUUCCUACACACCCAUCUUUUACUACUGUUAAUCAUUUUGGUUAUGAUGAAUGUGAGCGUGUGGCUUAGAGAGUGACCCUGUGCACGUUUACUUGGAAGCAAGUCUCACUGUGGAUGAGGUUUAUUCCCUAGUAAGUGUACUUAGGAGUGAAGUCCAAUGGUCCAGACGUGUAAAAGAGAUAAUUAUUCAUUCAGAGAUCAUCACGUGCUAUUUGUGUAGAGCUGAGUUAGAAUUUGCAUAUGUGCCAUGUCUCCUUGAAAUAAAUUAUGGGAUGCUGCUACAGCUCCAUAGAAUAUUGUGGAACAGCCCUUUUUCAUGCACCCCUGUGGUAUGUCUUCCAGUGUUUUAGAAUAUUGAUCUGGCUACUUUUAACUCAAUGGAUAAACCUCCGUCCAAAUACUACUGGAGGUAUAGCUUGAGGCCUCUGAACACAGGAUAUAUAGGAGAUGAUUGGAGGUGGGGGAAGAGGUGCUCAUGAAAAAUGUAUUCCUGAUACAGCAUACAUCUCUCCAGUUUAUCAGUAACUACACUUAUGUAUGUUUAUAACAUGCUUUUGCUUGCCUUAAGGAAAACACAGUUAAAACUAUAGACACUAACGCUUUUGAGGCAGGAUGUUCUCCAUAUCAGAUCAGAAUUAAGUGAAUACUAACAGGACAAUCCAAUGCAUGUUUAUUAAGAGUUAAGUCUCAGUGUGUUCAGUGGAGCUUCCUUCCAGGUUAAGUAUGCAUGGGAUUGUCGCCUUAAUCUAUACUGUAUAUUAUCUCAGGCCUUUGGCCUUUUAAACCGUGGGGUUAUUGUUUUUGUUUGUUGUUAUGAGAUGUAUUUUUGUGUUUUUAUAUUGAAAACCACCCAGUGAUCUUAAUAAUAAUUGUAUACGAACAAAAUUUCAUAAUUUAAUUCUCAUGCAAUAUCUAGGCUUCAUUUAUUUAUUUUGACUCACCAUGAUAUUCGACAAUCAAAAUAGCUGAGGGUGAAGACAGGCAUUCUAGAGACUCAGCUAUGCUAGUAAAGAAACAGCGAUUUGUAUUUUCUAUAAACAUGCAACACCAGAUGGCGCCAGAGAGCAGGAAGUUUUAAAACACAAUUUUCUAUAGAGAUUUUUUUUCUUUUGCUGUAACAAUCUAAUUCCGGCAUAGGCAAACUCAGCCCUCCAAAUGUUUUGGGACUACAACUCCCAUCAUCCCUGAACACUGGUCCGGUAAGCUAGGGAUAAUGGGAGUUGUUGUCCCAAAACAUCUGGAGGGCCGAGUUUGCCAAUGCCUGAUCUAAUUUAUGACUUAUUUAUAGCAUUCCCCCCUGUGUCUAGAUCCACCCUAAGUGUGGUAACAAAUACAUGAAAAGACUUGGUGCAUUUCAAGUCACGUGCUUGCAAGGUGGAGGGAAUGUGCUGAAGCACCCUCCGUUACCCUUUAAAACGACUUGUCUAUACCCCUUAAAAUUGUGCAGCUUGACUGAACUAUACGGAAUAGCGAUAAUAUAAAAUUACCCCAUUUGUUGGUUACGUUAUUUUGUUAGUUCCCUGGAAUAUCUUGUGUGUCUGUGUGUUUACGGGAAUGAGGAAGUAAAAGUGAAAGAGAGAGAUGGCACAUGAGACACACGGUGAUAGGGUUAGAAUGAGUGUGUUAAGGACCAAAAGUUCAUCCAUAUCUCUUUUGCUUUCAUUCUGAAUCUUCAGCAAACCUGCUUUCCAGUUAUGUUCUGCAUCCUUGAUGAGCAGUGGCGUAGCGUGGGGGGUGCAGGGGGGGCCGGCCGCACCGGGCGCAACAUCUGGGGGGGGCGCGCUCGCACUCGCAGCUCUCUGCCCCUACCUGGCUCACUCACUCUCUCUCACUGCAGUGCUGGCUGUGUGAAUCCGAUCCGAGCCGCUGGGUCGCCGCCCACUGUGGAGGGGGUGGGUGCCAGGCGUGCGGUGCGGAGAGAGAGCGAGGGACUAUCUGGGGGAGGGACAGUGCAGCGGCCGCCCUGCGCAGCGCUGAGCGCGGGAGAGAACCACACCAGACCAGACCAGGCAGCAGCAAGAAGAAGCUGGCAGCGGCGGCAGGUUAGGGGUUAGGGAGCGCAAAUUACUUGCCUUGCCCCGGGUGCUGACAACCCACGCUACGCCGCUGUUGAUGAGAACGACAUGCUUGUUGAAACAAAAGGCGAGGUUGUCAUGAUGCAAUGAGAGAACGGGCACGGGAACUCUGCAGCUUUCUGUUAGAGCUGCUGACCUAGCUCUGCAGCAAUAAUGGUUGGACAGUGAUUGUUAUGUUCCAUUGGCCAUAAAGACACUCCCCCUGCUCUCAGAUACUUGAUCUGGAAUUUGGAAUAGGAGCUCUCUUUCCUGCAUACUCUGUUUUAUCUGCGACAAAAAAAAGUUCCGCCUUCCUUGUUGGGCUGCAAAGCAAAGUAAACUUCCCUAUUUGAAGCUGCCUCUUCCUUUCCCGCCCUGACCCUUUGAAAUAAUACUCUGAACAGCUAGAAGGCAACACGGCGCUGAAGUUGGUUCCUCAUUCAGUUUUUUGACAGAAUUACAAGCCUGGUAGAUGAAGGGAACGCAGUGGAUGUAGCCUACCUUGAUUUCAGCAAGGCAUUUGACAAGGUGCCCCAUGAUAUUCUUGUAAAGAAGCUGGUAAAAUGCGGUCUUGACUAUGCUACCACUCAGUGGAUUUGUAACUGGCUGACUGACCGAACCCAAAGGGUGCUCAUCAAUGGUUCCUCUUCAUCCUGGAGAAGAGUGACUAGUGGGGUGCCACAGGGUUCUGCCUUGGGCCCGGUCUUAUUCAACAUCUUUAUCAACGACUUGGAUGAUGGACUCAAGGGCAUCCUGAUCAAAUUUGCAGAUGAACCAAACUGGGAGGGGUGGCUAACACCGCAGAGGACAGGAUCACACUUCAAAACGACCUUGACAGAUUAGAGAACUGGGCAAAAACAAACAAGAUGAAUUUUAACAGGGAGAAAUGUAAAGUAUUGCACUUGGGCAAAAAAAUGAGAGGCACAAAUACAAGAUGGGUGACACCUGGCUUGAGAGCAGUACAUGUGAAAAGGAUCUAGGAGUCUUGGUUGACCACAAACUUGACAUGAGCCAAUAGUGUGACGCGGCAGCUAAAAAAGCCAAUGCAAUUCUGGGCUGCGUCAAUAGGAGUAUAGCAUCUAGAUCAAGGGAAGUAAUAGUGCCACUGUAUUCUGCUCUGGUCAGACCUCACCUGGAGUACUGUGUCCAGUUCUGGGCACCACAGUUCAAGAAGGACACUGACAAACUGGAACGUGUCCAGAGGAGGGCAACCAAAAUGGUCAAAGGCCUGGAAACGAUGCCUUAUGAGGAACGGCUAAGGGAGCUGGGCAUGUUUAGCCUGGAGAAGAGGAGGUUAAGGGGUGAUAUGAUAGCCAUGUUCAAAUAUAUAAAAGGAUGUCACAUAGAGGAGGGAGAAAGGUUGUUUUCUGCUGCUCCAGAGAAGCGGACACGGAGCAAUGGAUCCAAACUACAAGAAAGAAGAUUCCACCUAAACAUUAGGAAGAACUUCCUGACAGUAAGAGCUGUUUGACAGUGGAAUUUGCUGCCAAGGAGUGUGGUGGAGUCUCCUUCUUUGGAGGUCUUUAAGCAGAGGCUUGACAACCAUAUGUCAGGAGUGCUCUGAUGGUGUUUCCUGCUUGGCAGGGGGUUGGACUCGAUGGCCCUUGUGGUCUCUUCCAACUCUAUGAUUCUAUGAUUCCUUCCUUGCAUGAACUUGCCGAACACAGCUCAAGUCAGAAAAGUUUAAAAGAUAAGGAUUCUAUGUUCCUGAACCCCAGAAUGAGCUUUGGUCUACCCCAUAUCAUAUUUUGUUUAUUUCAUAAAAAUUACCGGUAUACAUGGCUUGACUGGGGGGGGGGACCCCUUUGAGUGGUUAACAAAACUAAUAAAACAAAACAAAACAAAAAAAACAUCUAUUUAAAACAUAGUAAUCUAAGCAGGUGUUUCCACUGCUCUCUAGUAGCCUUAUGCAGCCCAUUGUCUCUUCUUUCUUUUGCCUCUGGAAGAAAUAAGGGGAACGCAGGUCUUAACUUAAGCAGCUGGUAUGCAGAAUCAAUCACCAGUACUGGGGCAUUGAUACCCAGGCAUAAUGGCUGGUAUUUAAUGCUACUGCUACUCAGAUUAGACCUACUGAAGUUAAUGGACACGCCUAACCUAGGUUCAUUGGGCGUGGUUCACCUAAGUAGCUCUGCCAAUUUGGAAUCUUAGGUGAAAAGUUAGUACGUUGAUUUCAGUGAACUUAGGCACAUAAAUAUGAUCAGGCAGCUUUUUAAGGCAGGAAUUAUAUUGAUGCAAUCAUGGAUAAGCUACAGCUGUGAACUUUUCUGGCCCGGUAGCUGUUAAAGGCACAGACCCAGUGUGAGGAGAAGGUAUUUUCCCAUCUGAGUGGUGUAGUCAGCUUCAGAUGCUGAGUUGUGUACAUUUGUUGAUUGUGUGGAAUAGAAAACGUGAAUCGUUUUCAAAUUGUACAGUCCAGGGAAUGUCAAUUUUAUAUUUGCCCUUCAGUGCAAAAUCUGAUUUAAGGGCCGCCUUUGCAUUAUACAUUUUAAACAGUACCGGGCCACUUUAAACAGUCAUGGUUCCCCUCAAAGGAUCCUGGGAGCUGUAGUUUGUUAAAGGUGCAGAAAGUUGUGAGGAGACCCCUGUUCCCCUCAUGGAUCUACAAUUCUCAGAGUGGCUGAACAGUCAGUCCCAAGGAAUUCUGGAGAUUGUAACUGUGUGAGGGGAACUGGGGACUCAGAAACCACAGCUGCCAGGAUUCUUUGAGGGAAGCCAUGUAUGCUUAAAGUGGUAUGAUACUGCUUUAAAUGUGUUGAUGUGCAGAUGGGACCUAAGACUCAACAUCCUCCCUGUGAAUGCUGCUGGGAUUUAUACCGAUAGCUUCCAGGGAAGGAGGACAAGGCAGGCAUUCUUUGCCCUAGCAAUUGAUCAUCAUGGACAAACAGCAAGCUGUCCAGCGUUGUAGCUGCAAUUGAAGAAAGUGUUGCUGGUCAGACAAAACAAGUUAAACCAGUUGACUGAUCUAGUCUGGGAAAUCGUACAUUCCUAAAAAAACCUACAGCUUGUGUGUUCGAGGCUUCUGGUCUUGAAACCCCACUGGAAGAAAAAAACCAGAAAGAAGCAGUUUCUGAGGAGAAACACGAGCAGGGGAAAGGUUGAAUGCCCACUUUCCUGUGUGCCUUUGCUUUGUAAAGAUUUGGUGGCUGGUCUGCUGCUGUCUUCUGUAUGGUUUGUCUGGCCUGGACCUUGACUAAUAUUCUUGGCAAUGUGGCCUCUUGGUAACUGACUUUAAGAAGAGUACUUCUUGGGUGGCAGCAGACUCAGCUUUGAACACUGUAUUUUCCCACCUCAUCCCUGUUUCAUUGACUGCUUUUUAGGACUUUUGUACCUCUGGUUCAUUCAAGACUCUGUGCGAGAACCAGUUAUGGGUGGGGGUAAGUAUUUGAUUCUAUUUAUGUUGGAAAGGGUUGUUUUGAAGUUGAACCAGUAAAGAAUAGGUGAAAUGACUAUCUUGUGCUGGAAUUAUCACCAUCAUCAUUAUUGCAAGGUUUGAAACCCCACCAGUUGUUCUGCAGGCAUGGUCAUUCGGAGUAAAUAUUGGUUUAUGAAGAGAGUAGUGACAGUUGGUGGGAACUGUGCCGAAAGAAUAAAAGAAAUAUUAAAUAUUAAUUGCUUUGUUAUAUUAAUUGCUAGUCAUAAGGUUAGUCUGUCUUUGUACAAGGAAAUCACUUGGAGUUUUAGUAUGUUACGGGGCUGGUAGGAGAGGACUCAGACUAUUGUAGUAGUAGCAGCAGUAGUAGUAGUAAUUUAUACCCCGCCCAUUUGGCUGGGUUUCCCAUCCACUCUGGGCGGCUCCCAACAGAAUAUUAAAAACACGAUAAAACAUCAAACAUUAAAAACUUCCCUAAACAGGGCUGCCUUCAGGUGUCUUCUAAAAGUCAGAUAGUUGUUUAUUUCCUUGACAUCUGGUGAGAGGGCAUUCCACAGGGUGGGCACCACUACUGAGAAGACCCUUUGCCUGGUUCUAUUCUAGAAUAUGUGGAGAGGGGAUGUGUCUGUCGUCAGUAGCAAUUUUCCCAUCUCCAAGGAAUAUCAGGACUGGAGUACAUUAUAGGAAGCCUCAGGUGUCACUCUUGCUUCUGGUGACAGGAGGGGAAAGAAUGGCAGUGUAUAGACCAUCUCGGUUGUGAGUCUUAGAAGAUCUCCCUGCCUUGCAGGCCUUUUCCCGCCUGGCCUGAUCUUAAUUUUAGAUCUCCUUUUGAUUUAUGUUGAAAUUGUUCAAUUGGGUUGUGUACUUUUUGAUGUUUUAGUUAUUGUUUAUGGCUACUUUUGUUAUAUUUGUAAUUAUGUGAUUUCCCCCCGUGUUGUAAGCCACCUUGAGCAUGGAAAGGCGGCAUACAAAUAAAAUGAUGUCUGUUUGUACAGUGGAAUAGAAUGGAGAUACUGGGGUGUGUUGGACUUAAAUUUCUUCAUUGUGUCUCAGUUCUUCAUGCUACCACUGCCUCUUUUUCCCCCUUCGCCUAAUUAUUUUUUAAAAACAUGUGCUUAAGCCCUUUCAGAUUUAAAUCCAAGCCACACAACAAAUACAGUUCUCAGAUACCAUAGUGGAACAUACCGUACUCUUUUCUUCAGAUAUGUGUCCAUCAGUCACACUUUUAGCACUCUGCUCUGAAUUUCUGUUGGUAGACUUCCUACCACAGCAUUGACAACGGCUACGUCAGAGAAGGGCCAUGUUGUCAGGGGUAUAUAGAGGUCCUGGAAGUGUGCUUUAAGGGUGAGGAAUGGGCUCAAAGGGGUCAGGUUGUGAUGAAUGAUGCCUGCUUUUCAGGUGCAAUUCCGCAUCUUGAAUAAAAAAAAGCAUCUAAGAACACAGCAAAGUAAAAAAUUAUAGAACACCAAUUAGCCAUGAUUACAACAGUAGGGUGUUUUAUUUUAUUUUUUGUUUAGCCUGAUCACCUUGUGGGAGAGCUCCUUUCCUCCACACUUGCAGGGCCCAUGGGCUGCAAAUGCUAAAGAUUAAAAAUAAAAUAAACAGUGGUAAGCAGAAGAUGGAUUAUGGUGCCUAGUGAGAUUCUUGCAAAGAAUGCAGGACUAGAAUCUGAUCCUGAUUCAAAAAAGCACUUCUUAUGCAAGAACAUGGGUGCAUACAUAGGAUUACUUUAUGAUUUAAUUAUACUUUAUAUAUUAACAGACCGCUCUCUUGCGCCAUGAAUUAUAAACCCACCAAUAGACCCUAAAGUCAUCCCACACUCCUGUCAUACAAGCCAACUCAGCUACAAACUUGCUUCAUUUUGUCCAUGACAGUGCACCCACUUCAAUUGGUGAUUCUUUGUCAGCUCUGUUUUCUUUGUAAAUGAAAACGGGCAGUCAAGAGAUUCUCCUUUCCUAUCUUCUUGUUGACAAGGGGGCCAACAAAGGAAGAAGCUCACCAUGUCUCUCUCUACUAGAUGA